GACGAGAGAAGCGAACUGAUUUCCUUUACUAUGGAUGGGAAUAUCUACGAUCAGUUUGGGGAGGUCAUUGACAGAAGGCUUGGAAGGGUGAGGGCUGAAGCCCAACGAAGAGCGGCAGCGAGGCCACCGCCCCCUGCCAUGUUCAGGCUAUGGCAGGAAAAGGAGGAACCACCGUUUGGGGUGGAAGAAGUGGGGAGCAAUGAGGAAGUGACUCAAGGGCUGCGAGGAGGAAGUGAGAUGGAAGGGGCCAUAAUCAUCGAGUCAGAUGACGAGGAUGAGGAGGAAAAGACGGAGCCGCUGUCCGUCUUAUUUGAGAAGAUGAAGGACUUGCUGGAUAAGAUGGGGAGGUACCAACAAAAGUUGGUAGGCCUCUGUGAAGGAGUGAAAGGAUGGAAGUCUAAUGUCCCCACAGUAUUCCUCUAUGACUCCGGCCCGGAGUCAGCACCUGGGCGACCCGGAGUAAAUGUGGUGGGAUCGUGCCCUCAACCAGGAAUGAGGGGGAGACCCCUCACUCCGGAGGCCCGGCUGGCACAGGCAGCGCGAACGAGGAAUCAAGCCAAGGCCAGUACCAGCCAAGAGCCUCCAAGGGGGGAACACGAACCAGGGAGAAGGAAAGAGGCUGUGGAAGUAGAGGACGACGAUGAUGAAGAGGAAGAGGACGAGAGGCUGCGCAGAGAAGAGGAUCAGAGAGCGGAGCAGCGGGCAAGGAAAAAGGGAACCAGGGGAAAGGUCGAACCGGUCAUACAUGACGGACCGCCUAAAAAGAAGAAAUACACGGUCCGGUUGGAAGAGGGAUUUGACGUAGAGAAGGUGAUUGACCGACUGCUGGAAGGGCAUAAUGACCUCAUGACCCUGAAGGAAAUCCUAGCGUCAGCCCCGCGACUCCGCGAUGAAUUGAAGGGGAGGUUAUCACGGCGUCUGGUGCCCAAUGUCCAUCUGGGUACGAUCCUGCCCAAGGAGGCAGAGUGGGCGGAGUCAGGUACGAAGAUGGACUGGAAGUGCGUAGCCUGUGGUACGGUGAAUUUUAUGGUGAAGGGUUCUAAGUGCGCAGCAAUGGUGGACACCGGGGCAGGGAUGAACAUUAUUCGGGAGGCGGACGCAAUCAGAUUCGGGCUGGAUAUAGACCGUUCUGACUGCGGUAUUCUGCAUGGAGCCAGCUGUAAGGCCAUGUUUUGCGGGACAGCCUCGAAUGUGCUCGUCGAGGUUGGAAAGGAAAGCCUAGACCAGUCAGACUCGUUGAACCCGGCAGAAAAUGUGGACGAAAUACCCGAGAGCCAGGACGACGAGUUCGAAGAAGGGAAAAUUAAGGAGGCUUUUCGUGCAGAGGAGUACGACGGGAUCUACCUAGAGCUGGGGCUUCUUCUGUCAUGUGAAAUGCGGCUAAGAGAUGCGAGCGAUAGGGCUCAAAGGAUGCUGCAACGCUACUUAGUGCGAGACGGUCACCGUUUCGUAAAAAGGGAAGUGGGGAAUCCCAGGAGAGUCGUCUGCGGUAGGAAUCGUCAGAUCGACGUCGUAGUAGCACUACACGAUGGCAUUGCAGGAGGGCAUCGAGGGGUACAAGCCACGUAUGCCAAGAUAAGUGAGCUGUACUACUGGGAUGGAAUGAUGGACAUGGUUGGAAAAUUCUGUCGAUCUUGCGUACCUUGUCAGGAAAGAUCCCGUUUAUGGCAAGGGGAACCGCUGCAUCCCAGGCUAGAACGAGAGGGAUCAGAGUUUACCUUCCAGGAGGUGGAAGAACUGUUAUCAAGGUCUGACUUUACGAAGACAGUCAUGCCAAGAGGAGGGAAGGGGACACGGCCGCCUCAGAGGUCGUUGGGCGCAUCAGGAGGAUAUGAGCGGCAUGGGCCUCGCCAACGAGAGACUACUUCAGUCUACAAUGAUGGGGACAUCGAGCUAUUCCUGGACAGUUUCUUGGAGCAUGCGAGGUGUAUGGGCUGGACCGUCACUCAGGCGAUUGAGAGAUUGAGGGGAGCAGGUAGGUUCGAAGAGCCCAUUACCAGGAUUCGUAGGGAGGCGACGACGAAACAAGAGGUGGAGAUGAGGAUGGAGGAGUUGCGACCCUCGCCUGUGGGACCUGAUGGCAGGCCGAUCCGCCUGAAGAUUGGAAAUGCGUCGGACUUCAUCCCCGCGUUUGAGUGGUUUAUGCAAGAGCAGGGCAUACUGAGAAAUGAUUGGAUACAGACGCUGCCACUCUGGACCAGGAAGGCGGAAAGGUCACUGGCUAUGCAGAYCAGGGACAUGGCACGAGAUUGGGAGAGCUGCAGGGCACAUUUGAGAGAGGCCUUUCGACGGCCAGAGCUCCCUCAGCCCAGAGUCGAGAGGCGGCAGAGGAGUCAGAGGCCGAGGGACCCUGAGCCCAGGGAGGCGAGACCAUCUCGAGGAGGACGGAAGGCCUUAGCCAGGAGAGAGCAGGAGCCAGAGAAUGAGGAGCGAGGGGCAUACCCUGAUUGUGGGUUGGGGCCAGUGGAGUUCCAUCGUUUUAUUGAGGGUGGAUUGAGGAGGUUGCCAGCACACACACAGAGGGAACUACCAGCAUCAGAGGGACCCUUGAGGAAAUUGGAGAUGCAUUUAGAUAUUUAUCAGUGGAGGGCGUCGCUUCAAGGUGAGGAGCAUGGAGAGCAGGCAGAGGAGGUGUCACGAGAGGAGUUGCCACGAGAGGAGGUGCCACAGGGGGAGAUACCACGAGAAGAGAUGCCACGGGAGGAGGUGCCACAGAAAGAGGUCCAGGGUACUCAGCGAGAGAGAGGGCUGGGCGAUGAGGGGAGAUGUGUAGGGAAGGAAGUGAUAGAAGUUGGAGAGGACACGUCCCCACAGACGCCAUCAGGAUUGUCAGGACAGCCAUCUGCGACAAAGCCUCGCCAGGAGCCACCUAUGGGGAGAGUUAUCCUGGAGCCAGAGGAGGCGAGAGCCCAGAGACAGGCAGAGAGAGAGGCGUUCGAGUUUAGAGCCCCUACUGAGCUCGCGAUGCUGCCGGUGGCGGCGGCAGGCCCAGUCGUACCUUUGGCAGUAGAGGAGGGGUUGCCACCAUCUAGCAGUGAGCCGGCUCAGGGCUCGGCAAAGGGAUCCAUGGGCGUGCUCCUUGAGGCGGUGCAUACUAUGCAGGAGGAGGUGAGUUUGUUUUCACCUGAGCAGAGGAUAGAGGAGCCUCUUGAGAGAGAGAUGGGGAUUGAGGAGGAGGGUGCCAUCGAGGGCAGACUCCAGAGGAUAGGCACACCUGAGUAAGGACCAGAGGAGAUUGAGGAGCAGCCCACGGCAGUGCCAGGGGCGACACUC